CAAAUUUUUGUUUUUGUGACCCGGCCGUGACCACGGAUAAGUAAAUUAGUUGCAAAGUUACAAUGAAGCUCGCUGCGGUUCUCUCACUCGUGAUUUUGACCCAAGGAGAAGAGUUUUCGCAAGCUAAUUAUUUGUUCACUUCUGAUGUUUACAAAGAGUGUGUUAAAAAUGAGGGCGGUAAUUUACUAGUGAGUCCCCUUUCCGUGGAAAUAGUCCUAGCAUUGGCCCAGUGUGGUGCCAGAGAUGAGACAGCACGAGAAAUCCAAACCGCUUUACAUUUGGCCAGUUCUGACCAAAAAACUGCUUUCAAAAGUGUUAUUUCGGGCCUUAAGGGGGGCGAACACUACUCGCUUCACACAGCCAACAAGAUUUAUCUUCACGAUAAUUUCUCGAUUAGGGACGAUUUUAAGACAAUUGCUACAGAAAUGUUCCAAUCAGAGGUUGAAAAUAUAGAUUUUUCGAAAACUGAGGCAGCUGGGAUUAUAAAUAAGUGGGUCGAGGACCAAACGAACCAAAAAAUAAAAAACUUGGUGCGUCCCGAAAGUCUCCAAAACAGCCCUUCUGUCCUGGUCAAUGCGCUUUAUUUCAAGGCGCGUUGGGCCUCUAAAAACUUCCUUAAAUACCCCUACUUAACUAAGAUUUUUUCCAAAACGGCCACUGACCAGAUUGAAAGUGAAUUCAUGAUAGAUAUAGGCGGUUCUUAUCAACUGCACGAAGAUAAAGAACUGGGCGCUCGGUUCCUGAAAGCUCCGUUUAAAGGACAAGACGCCCAUAUGGUUUUCGUGCUACCAGACGCUGUGGACGGGCUUGGAAGACUUGAGGAACAAGCGGAUAAAAUUUUCAGGGAACAUUCGUUCCAGCCGGUUAUUAUAAACGUGGAGUUACCACGGUUCAAAAUUGAGAGUACCGUUAAUUUCAAGUCGAUAUUGCAAAAGUUAGGUGUUCGGAAAGCUUUUAUGAACGGCGAGGCCGAUUUUAGCGGAAUUGCUGGAAAAAAGGGGGAGCUUGUCGUGGGGCAGGUUACACAAAAGAGUUACAUUGAUGUUAACAAGGAUGGGGUGGAAGCAGCAGCUGCCACGAAUUUAGUGUUUACGCUGUCUGGGCCGCCACGAACUACGAAAGAAUUUAAAGCAAAUCAUCCAUUUUUGUUUUACAUUCAAGCCAAAGGCGUGGUGCUGUUUGCAGGAAGAGUUGUUGAUCCGAAAUAUUAAACACUGUAGUUUGGUUUCAAUAAAAGAUUGAACAGGAAAUAUAA